GCUCAAUGGAUUCAACCACAGUAUCUCUAGAUUUAAUUUAACACAGAAAUACAAAUAUCACAAAGUCUGAAUGCUGCGGAAAAAUGGACACCAAGUUGGGAAAAAGAACUCGAGAUUGAUCAUCAAUGGCAGAGAUAGAAGGUUAUCUGCAAUCAAAUCCAACUGUUCAACCACUACUUCAUUGCCUUGACCCCAUAUCUCUAAUCCUCUCUCAGAACUCCAGUCCAAAUGAACCUGUUCCCUUGAGACUCACUGCGGAGAGUUGUUACAUCAUGGAGAGAGGACCCAGAUACGGAUUGUACGCGAAACUGAGAGAAUCAAGGCUUAGAAUGAAGAUCAACAAUGGCAUGAGGCAACAACGAGAACGUUUUGGAGAAUACGAGGAAGUGAAAGAAAGGGAAUCAAAGCAAAGUCCGGUGAAGAAACAAGUGAAAUUCAGUGGGAAUUUGGGUAGUACGCGUAAAGGGUCAUCUGUUUUGGCUCAAUCGGUGCCUGAUUUUUCUGCAACUCUGCGGAAAGAAAACCGGAAACCCCCGAGUAUGCUUCCCUCGCUGAUGGAAUUGACUCCUCCAUCAAAGAACGGGGCCAAAGGGAAUAGUAAUAACAAUGGGGUUUUGUCGAAUUUGUCGAUGAAAGGGAGUAAGUCCGCGAGUGCCGGGGAGAAAAGAGGAGGAGGGUUGAUGAGAAAAAGCUACGCAACCAUGGAGGAUUUGAAAAAAGUAUCAAUGGCUGCAACAAAUGCUAUCAACUGUGAAAACAGGGGAAGGAGGAGCGGUAGAACAGGGGUUGCUGGUAAUAAGACUGUUUUGGGGUAUAGACAGUUCUGAGAUUUUUCUUUUGCGCACUUGGGUUGUUGCAUUUAAGAUUUCUUAAUCAUUUCAUUUGAUUUGUUCUUUCUUUUUCCUCUUUCUCGGUUGAUUUUCCUGAGGAUUUGGUUUGAUGAUGUGAUCUUUAUUUCCCCAAUUCUAAGGGGGUAAUAAGGGAGGUUUAAUUGAUGGGUUGGUUUGUUAGCGUGUUAAUGACAGUUUGUAAAAAGCUUUUUGGAUGUAAUCAUGUUUUACAUCUCAUUAUAUGAUAUGAUUCUCAGAAGGUUUUUGGAUUGA